AUGUCCGACAUUGAAGAGAUUCUGGAAAAGCUGGAGAGCACGGCAGAGCAGCUGUAUUCCGAUUUGGAGGGUGGCAAGACGGAAUCAACGGCGAAAAUCGAGCUGGUCUCUUCUCUGAUGAACCUCCAGGUGGCCAACUACGCUGCGCAGGAGGAAAUCAACAAGGCCAAGGAGGACACAAACAAGGAGCGACAGGCGCUGGAUCUGCUGCAACUUGACAUUCAGAACAUCAAGUACCAGCACGAGCAUCUCCGACAGAGCAUUGAAGGUUGCAACCGGUUCAAAUCGACACACGAAGAUCUACAGCUGGUGGACAUGGGCGAUUUCGCAUCGCGACACAAGACGGAGGGCCUCGAUGACCAUCAGAUCAUGAUCGAGCGGCUCAAGGAUGAGCGAGAUCUGCGUCUGCAGCUGUUUGUGACCAUGACGGAGCUCAACCGAGACAAAAGCAAGUUGGUAGACGAAAACAACAAGCGAAAGAACGACCUGGACAAGCUGGAUGCUUCGCUGAGUCGUUUUAUCGCCCAGGCUGAGCCCAUCAGAGAUAUUCUCGAGCAGUAG